AACUAAACACCUACUGCACGACUCACCUAUCUAUAUUAACUCACAUACAUGCAUGUGAGUUAAUUGUGUGUGUGUGUGUGUGUUGAGUUAAUCCUUGAAUGACCUUUCACCAUUUAACCUGACGUCAGCUUAGACAAGACUCAAGACAUUAGCCAGGUAAACAGGGAUUGUAGUCAUUAGCUUGUGUUUGCAUGGGUGUGUGCCUGUGUGUACACAAAGAUAGAUAGAAAGAAAGAACUUUGUCACAACAUAUUCUGACAAAAGGUUAUCCACAAAAUCCUAAAACUAUAGGAAAGAGCAACAUGGAGUGAAAAAGAUCCAGUGCAACUCAGGGAGGAGGGAAGAUGGGAGGGGAAAAGGGCAGGACAGGUGUGCUUAAAAACAAACUCCAACAAGUCAGGCCAGUAUGUGAACAUACAUGAGCUGCAAGAGCAUGGAGCUGAAUGGAAUAGAGAACGCAAGUCAAAAAAUGGGUACAGACAACAAGGCCUUUGAGUCAGAGGAGGACGGUCAGAUGCACAGUAAUGUGGACUGCGCUGAAGUUGCAGAUGAUGAACACAAAAAGCCAGGCAAACAAAAAUGUGUGCUAGAGAAGAAAAUGGAGGCAUUCCAGGGUUAUUUGGCAGAGCACAGAGACCAGAUCUGCCUGACUAUACGCCUGGUUUUAGCAGCAGGCUUGAUUGCAAUAGUGAUAGCAGCAUGUGUCCUGAACUUCCGCCGGGCUCUCGUGCUGCUGGUCAUCUCACUGGUAAUUGUAUUCUUCCUGGUCUGGGACUGGAUGAUGGAACACUAUGGCGACCGAGUGUGGGAGGAGCUCUAUCCUGCCAGAGACCUUCUCAACAGAAACUGGUUUUGGAUGAGAUGGAUAAUAUAUGUGUUACUGCUGGUGGCAGUGGUAUGCUGGUUAGCGCUGGACACAGCCCAGCGAGGGACCAGACAUCUUAUGUCCUUCUUUGGUCUACUGCUCCUCAUCUUCCUGAUGCUGCUGUUCUCCAAACACCCAUUCAGGGUGAGGACACACGUUGGUCUUGGCGAACGUUACUAUGGGGAGUCGGUCUACAGUUUUUGUUCGGUUUGCUGGGCCUCAGGACCACGUUUGGCUUAGGGGCACUGCAGUGGUUGGGAGAUCAAGUAGAGAAUUUCAUGUCAUUCACAGAUGUUGGGUCUAAGUUUGUGUUUGGUGCUAGUUACACAGACCACCUCUUCAUCUUCAAGGUGAUGCCUAUAUUGGUUUUUUUAAGCUCUGUGAUCUCCAUCCUCUACUACAUUGGCUUCAUGCAAUGGCUUAUUUGCAAGUUGGGAUUCAUAAUGCAGGUUACCAUGGGAACUUCUCCAACAGAAUCAAUGACUGCAGCUGGAAAUAUAUUCUUGGGACAAACAGACUCACCUCUCUUGAUUCGUCCAUACAUCAGUAGGCUGACUUGCUCUGAGAUCCAUGCUGUGAUGACAGGAGGAUUUGCUGGCAUCUCUGGUACCAUUUUAGGAGCUUUCAUUUCCUUUGGGGUUGAUGCAAUACACUUGUUGACAGCAUCAGUGAUGUCUGCUCCAGCCUCCCUGGCCAUUGCCAAGACUUUCUGGCCUGAGACAGAGACCUCCAGUGUAACAGACAUUCACGUCCUCAAAAUUGACCAAGGGGAGAGUGCCAACAUGUUAGAGGCGGCAUCCCAAGGUGCGUCUUGUGCUGUUGGCAUAAUCGCCAACAUUGUUGUCAAUCUCAUUGCCUUCCUGGCACUGUUGGCCUUUUUUGAUGCUGCUCUCUCAUGGUUUGGUGGGAUGUUGGACUGUCCACAGCUAAGCUUUUCGCUUGUCUGCUCUUAUGUAUUUAUGCCACUUUCCUUCAUGAUGGGUGUUUCCUGGGAGGACAGUUUCAUUGUUGCCGAGCUGAUUGGUAUAAAGACAUUUCUAAAUGAAUUUGUGGCCUAUCAAAAGUUGUCAGUGUUAAUUAAGAGGCGGAAAGCAGGAGGGCCAGAAUAUGUGGACAAUGUAAAGCAGUACAUCUCUGUACACUCUGAAACCAUUGCAACUUAUGCUUUGUGUGGAUUUUCCAACUUCGCCUCCCUGGGGAUGGCGGUUGGAGCGCUGUCAACCAUGGCUCCAGAUAGACAGGCUGACAUCUCCAGCUGUAGCCUCAGAGCUCUGAUUGCCGGCAGCGUAUCCUCUUUCAUGACAGCUUGUAUUGCAGGUAUGUUGUACAUCCCUGAUCUUCAGUGUCCACAUUUCCUGAGCACACAGUUCAACAACACCAAUGUGAGCAACAGCUCACAACUGGUCACCUGCUGCACCCAACUGUAUAACAGUGUGGCAAUGCAUGGGCUGUGGAACGUAACAAUUGGAGGAGGAUUUGAUCGGAGCAGUCUGCAAGGCUGCUGCACAAUCACACCCCCGACACAAUUCAACUGCAGCUUGAUGUUUUGAAUCACUGUGAACAAAUUUAACAUUUUUUUUAUCUGUACCAUACACUGCUGAUUUAAUGCAUUUUCAAUUAAGCUGUAUCAUGUCAUGUCACAUUAAUGAAAAAUAAGGACAUGAAAGGCAACUGGACUUUUUUUUUUUACUACUUUUCACUUAAUCACUCCACUACAACAUUGGACACCUUUAGAUAUUUUUCAGAUUCAUAAUAAACACACAAAAUACAGUAAUGAAAUAAACUGUGAUGGAUGAAGUUUAAGGUUUUAUUGUUCCGCAGAAUGAAAUUCUACCAAGUGGAAAUUAAAAUUAUACCCCCUCUUUACAAGUUCCAACAUUAAUGUGAUGAACACAUUAUUACAUCAACAAUAUUCUUCUCAGUGGGUAAUUCUGCAUUACUUAUUUUGAUAAUUGAUCAUCACUAAUAUUUCAAAAACAUUAAAACAC